AUGACUGCCGUUUCACUAGAAAUUUCAAACAUUUGUAGGUUUUGUUUGUGCCAAGAUGUGAAUUUUUUGGUUUCUUUAGAAAAGCUGAUCGAUACGAAAUUCACCAUAGGAGAUAUAGAAUACUGUACUGGCGUUCGGAUCCCGGAGGAGGAAACAUGCAUUUAUGCGAUUUGUGAAACUUGUUCCCACAGUUUAGCAACAUCAGUGUCCUUCCGUUUCCUGUGCUUGAAGAGUAAUAUUCUUUUCAACCAGCUGUUUUCUGAAUCUAACGAUAGGCAUAACGUCGAGGAAUCCAAUUCUACAGACGACAGUGAUCAUGCUAAAGUUGCUACGCUGGAGAUAGAAAUUCUUGUACCAGAUGACCAAGUCAUUAACAACACUGUAGAGUAUCUCUCAAAUGAUGAGGGUGAUUUUGACCAACAAUCAUUUGGCAGUGUUGACGAGUGGAGUUUGGUCGAACCAAACCUUGCAGCAAUCGAUGAACUUGUAUCACCAUCAAAAGCUGCCGAAACCCGCGGCUCUAUUGAAGCAGUUCGGAAAAGCAAACCAAAGAACCUAAGCAAACCUUCCAAGGAAAAGAAAUCGAGUAAUGUGUUAGGCAAAAGCAAAAAGCUGUGUGGUGUUUGUGGAGCCAUGGUUUACGAUUUAAAAAAUCACAUUCGAAUUCAUAGCAAAGAAAAACUACUCUCUUGCUCACUUUGCAAUGCUAAAAUGGCUGAUCGCUCCAAUCUGUUUAGACACGUUCAAGCGGUACAUGCAAAGAAGGUUCUCAAAACUUGCGAGCUAUGCGACAAAGGAUUUACUUCAUCCAAUUCGUACAUAUCGCACAUGCAAUCGCAGCACGGAAUCGGCAAAACUUAUGAAUGUAAAAUAUGUCUCAAAUCAUUCAAACAUCCCUCAAACUAUAAGGAUCACUUCAACCGACUUCAUCAUGUUAAGCUGGACUACAAAUGCCGAGUUUGUGGAAAGUUAUUCAAAGAUAGAAUCAGUCUAAAAACACAUCGCAAAGUACAUUCUGCAUCGAAACCCUUUGGCUGUGACGAAUGUUCGAAACGAUUCAAAACUCGUUAUUCCAGAAAUACGCACCAGCUUACACACAGUGGUAUUCGAUACUCCUGCACGUUAUGCACUAAAUCGUACAAGUACAAAAAUUUACUCAGAAAUCACUGUAAAAAACAACAUUCUUCUGUAGAACCGGCGCAAACCGUAGAUACUGAACAAAUAACUGUUUGAAAUUG